ACAGAAUCCUUUUCACUGGCAAGACAAAGUUCUUCAAAUCAAAAGAGGCCUUUGGAAUUUAGCUGGUUGCGAAAUGGCCUCGAAGGCCCUCUCCAGAUGUCCUUUAGUUGAGGAUUUGGAGGAAAGGGCCACAACGGAGACCCCUGACCCCCUUAUUUGGGGUCUCACUGGAGGAUCUCAAGGGAACCUGGUCCGUGUCUCCUUUGCGGAGGUGGCGGUGCUCUUCUCCGAGGCGGAGUGGGGUCUCUUGGGUCCGGAGCAGAGGCGCCUCUACAAGGAGGUCAUGAUGGAGAACUACGGCCUCGCCGCCUCCCCAGGAUCCCCGAAGCCGGCCCUCAUUUCCCGCCUGGAGGAUGGAGGAGACCCCUUCGGCCUGGGAUCGAUGGACAGGGACAGCCCUGCAGGAGGUGACGAGGAAGAAGACAUGUUCCCCCCAGAGGCAACCAGGCACAAAGCAGGAAAAGAGAGAUUAGGAAGUGAACCGAAUGUCCAAAGGGACCGAUCCAAGAAAGGAAAGAAGAAGCCAUCGACUUCUCAGAGGGCCGAGAAUAGCGAAACCCAGGACCCUCCAGAAAGUCACCACCAAGCGUGUCCUGUCUGUGGGAAACUGUUCAGAUUUAAAUCUCAGUUCGUUAUCCAUUGGAGAGUCCACUCAGGGGAGAAGCCCUACAAAUGCACAGACUGUGGGAAGAGCUUCGGCCAGCUCUCGUGCUUACAUUCGCACCAAAAGCUCCACUCCGGGAAACCCUAUAAAUGCCCGGAAUGUGGAAAGAGCUUUAUCAAAAGGUCUGCCCUUACAAUACAUGAAAGAGUCCACACAGGAGAGAAACCGUAUCAGUGCAUGGAGUGCGGGAAGAGCUUCACAGCAAAUUCCGCUCUUGUGGUACAUCAGAGGAAACACACAGGAGACGGGCAUUAUCAGUGCGUGGAAUGUGGAAAGGACUUCACAGCUAACUGUGCCCUGAGGAUCCAUCAGAGGAAGCACAUAGGAGAGAAACCAUAUCAGUGCACAGAAUGCGAAACGAGUCUCCCUAAUAAGAAAGCCUUCACUAGGCACCAAAGAACUUGCCGAGGGGAUAAACCCUACAAAUGCAUGGAAUGUGGGAAGAGCUUCAGGUGGUCCCACAAUCUGCGUUCGCAUCAAAGGACUCACACAGGGGAGAAACCCCAUCGAUGCAUGUUUUGCGGCAAAGGGUUUAUUGAUAGCGGCUCAUGUAUUAAACACCAAAGGAUCCACACAGGGGAGAAACCCUAUAAAUGUAUGGAGUGUGGGAAGGCCUUUGUGAGCAGUGGGUCGUGUCUGAAACACGAAAGGACCCACACAGGGGAGAAACCCUAUCCGUGCGCGGAAUGUGGGAGGAGGUUCACUCAGCGGGAAAGUCUGUACGCACAUCAAAGGACUCAUGUCGGAGAGAAGCCGUUCAAAUGCUUGGAGUGUGGGAAGAGCUUCAGCCAGAGUAGCCACCUGACUUUACACCAGAGAACUCACACGGGAGAGGAACCACGUCAGUGCAAGGAGUGUGGAAAUGGAUUGUGCGAUUGCAGUACUUCGCAGGAAGCAACCCAUACAGGGGAUCGACCUUAUAAAUGCUUGGAGUGUGGAAUGAGCUGCAGAAAGGGGGAAUGCGCUAGCCGUCAAAGAAGCCACGUCGGGGAGCGACCCUAUCAAUGCGUGGAAUGUGGAAGGAGCUUCAAUCAACGCGAAAGCCUCCAUGCGCAUCAGAGGACCCACACAGGAGAGAAACCAUUCAGGUGCUUGGAAUGUGGGAAAGGCUUCAACCAGAGUGGCAACCUGACUCUGCACAGGAGAACCCACACCGGGGAAAAACCGUACCAGUGCAUGGAGUGCGGAAAGCGGUUCAGUAACCGCAGCACAUUGAAGAUGCAUGAAAGGAUCCACACUGGGGAGCGGCCUUAUAAAUGCGUGGAGUGUGGGAAGAGCUUCAGCCGGAGCGAAAUUCUGAUUGUACACCAAAGGACCCACACCGGGGAGAAACCCUUUAAAUGCACGGAUUGUGGGAAGAGCUUCAGUCGGAGCGGAAGCUUGACGGUGCAUCAACGGAUCCACACCGGGGAGAAACCGUUCAAGUGCUUGGAAUGUGGGAAGGGCUUCAAUCGGAGCAGGAACCUGGCUGUACACCAAAAAAGCCACGCAGGGGAGAAACCUUGCGCGGAUUGUGGAACGAGUGCCCAUCCUAAGGGAGAAUGCACAAGCCGUCCAAAAACAUUCACAGGGGAGAAACCCCACAAAUGCAAGGAGUGUGGAAAGGACUUCAGCGAACGCGGUUUGUGGCUCAAACACCAACAAACUCACACAGAGGAGAAACCGUACAAAUGUAUGGAAUGUGGAAAGACCUUUGGAGAUAGCGAGUCGUGUAUCGCACAUGAAAGGACGCACACGGGGGAGAAACCGCAUGAGUGCAUGGAAUGUGGGAGGAGGUUCACCCAGCGUGGAAGCCUCCAUUUGCAUCAAAGGACCCACACAGGAGAGAAGCCCUUCAAAUGCAUGGAGUGUGGGAAGAGCUUCAGCCAGAGCGGGAACCUUACUUUGCACCAGAGAACCCACACAGGGGAGAAGCCCUUCCAGUGCAUGGAGUGCGGGAAAGGCUUCACGAAUGGCAGCUCCUUGAAGGUGCAUCAGCGGACCCACACAGGGGAGAAGCCUUAUAAAUGCCUGGAAUGUGGGAAGGGUUUCAUUGAUAGUGGGUCAUGCACCAGGCAUCUAAAAACUCACUCAGGGGAGAAGCCAGAAAAGGGUUCCAGGUCACGCAACUCCCCUGCAUCAACAGCUUUGUCGGAUGCCAAUUUGCUUCCGGAGACAAUUGGCCAUGACUUAUAAAGAGCUAUAUGACUUCUUUCCAGCAUAUCUGAUAAGUCAUAUCCUAUUCUACCUAUAUACCUGGUUAUUGAGAUGCUUAGGAGGGACAAAAUAGAGUUAGAUGGCAUGUUGGCCAAGUUUUGCUAGAAAAGGAAGCUGAGUUGCCAUUUAUUUAUUUAUUUAUUGUGUCAGGAGCAACCAGACAUUUGUAUUACAUUUUUAACAAAACAAACAGACAGACAAAACACAAAGUUUGCAAGCAUGGAAGUUGAUUAGAUGUCCUUUGACCAGUAUCUGGCCCCUUGGAGUGCCUCUGGUGUUGCCGCAAGGAGGUCCUC